AUGACGACGACAAAAGUUGUGAUUCUGGAUCAUGCUAUCCCCUGGAUCCGUUGGCCACAUUGGUCGCCUCGCAUCAGCUGCCUAAUUUCUUCUAUCCCCUCACCCACCCACACACCUUCCGGCUUUCCCAUCGCUCUGUACCGGUCGGCAGGUGCCGCGGAGAAGUCGAUGCGACAUGGAGCUCAGGAUCGAGCCCAGGCAGCCAUCGGUACCAUGCGUGCGCUGAUGCAGCAUCGGCUGAACGAGAGACCCGAGCUGUUCACAUUCAUCGCAGACGUCUUUCAAGUGGGCGUCAGCUCGCGACAACAUCUGGAAUCCCUGGAAAGCGUUCAGAAGAGCAUCCUGGCGGGCACAAGCCAGUGGUCCGCCAAAGUCACAAUAACAGGUAGCACGAGAUUGGUACCACUUACAAUCACGUCCUCAUCGGCAUCAUGGACUGUCGAGUGUGGUCAGGCCCUGAGUGGGCCUCGUCACUUGGAGGCCGAUGAAGCUAGCGAAUAUGCGCCCUGGCAACCGUUGUACGCGGAGUCAAAUGUGCAUGCAGUUGCGUCGGGUGAUGUGAGUCCUCCGUGA